GCGAAUCAAUACGCGUUUUUUGUCAUCGUGCCCCCAUAUCGCAAUGUCACGCCAUUUUCACCUCGUCUUCGGCCAUCCAGAGCCCAGCAAAACAAGCCAGCUCGCGAAAGCAUGCAAGACCCGGCCGGUUCGAUCGACGCCACGCCGUCGAUGCCGGCCACCGCGCGCGUAUAAACGUCAACGAAGAGCAGGCCAGCUGCUUCACCUCUCCACCGUAUCAGUGAUUCAGUUCAUAGUUCACAGUGCAAGCGUGGACGCCGGCCGGCCAUGUCGGAGGAGCAAGGGCGCCCUGCUGAAUCGAGCAUGGCGGCGCCGGCGGCGAGGUGGAAGGAGCUCCACGGCGAGCGGCGGUGGGACGGGCUGCUUCGCCCGCAGCUGGACCUGGACCUGCGCCGCACGGUGAUCUGGUACGGCGAGAUGGCGCAGGCGGCGUACGACGCGUUCAACCACGAGAAGCUCUCGCCGCACGCCGGGCUGUGCAGGUUCGGCAGGCGGCGCUUCUUCGACCGCGUCAUGCUGCCGGGUCACGCCGCCGCGUACCGGGUCACCAGGUUCCUCUACGCCACGUGCUCCGCCCCCGCCGUCAGGGGCGCCGCGUUCGUGGGGGUGCACGGGAGGGGCAGGCGCUGCCGGGAGUCCAACUGGAUCGGGUUCGUCGCCGUCGCCACCGACGAGGGGAAGGCGACGCUGGGGAGGCGCGACAUCGUCGUCGCCUGGCGCGGCACCGUCGAGGCGCUCGAGUGGGUCAACGACCUCGAGUUCGUCAUGGUGCCGCCAAGGGGCCUCCUCCGAGACGCACACGGAACCGACGCCAUGGUGCACCACGGCUGGCUCUCCAUCUACACCUCCACCGACCCGGCGUCCAGCCACAACAAGGACAGCGCCAGAGACCAGGUGCUGGCUGAGGUGAGGAAGCUGGUGGACACAUACAAGGAAGAGAAGGUGAGCAUCACGAUGACGGGCCACAGCCUCGGGGCGGCGCUGGCAACGCUCAGCGCCUUCGACAUCGUCGAGAACGGCUACAACGGCACGUACCCCGUCACGGCAUUCGCGUUCGCCAGCCCGCGCGUGGGCGGCGCCGGCUUCAGGAAGCGGUUCGACGCCGCCGGCGCGCUACGGCUGCUGCGCGUGCGCAACGCCCACGACAUCGUGCCCAGGUACCCGGCGCUGCCGUACCACGACGUGGGCGCCGAGCUGGCCAUCGACACGGGCGCCUCGCCGUACCUCAGGGCGCCCGGGGACGAGCGGGUCUGGCACAACCUCGAGUGCUACCUUCACGGGGUGGCCGGCGUGAAGGCCGGGGGAGGAUUCGAGCUGGCGGUGGAGCGGGACGUGGCGCUCGUGAACAAGUCGUACGGCGUGCUGAGGGAGGAGCAUGCGGUGCCGGCGGCAUGGUGGGUGCCGUCGAACAAAGGCAUGGUGAAAGGAGACGAUGGGCGGUGGAGCCUCGCCGACUGCGAGGAGGAGGAAGCGGAGGACCCCGUCGUGCCAGUGAACAACAAGUGAAGCGGACACAUAUUUCUUUCGGACAUGCAUAUGCGUAAAUCAUUUGUGCUAAGAAGACACAAAGCUACUCAGAAACCAACAAGAAAUGUACCUCAUGCUAUAUGGAGCUUGUUUUAUUU